CAGCCAGAGGACAAAGACGGAUAUGUAAAUAACACGAGCAUAUCUUAUGCUCUUUAUACCAACAAACACACCCGGCAGAGCAGUAUCCUGUUCUGCAAACAGCUUGAAACAAAAAAAAAAAAAACACAAAGAGCAGCAUCAAGCGCACAGACCAAAUAGAGAAAACCACAGGGCUUUAAAUAGAUGGCUGAAAAAGAGAAGUGUGAAGUGGACAGAGAUACACAGAGAGCGGCAGAGGGAGAAAGGGCGAGAGCAGAAGUUUACAUCAGUCUCCAAGAAAAGCAGAGUGGCGACCAGUGCCGCCCGUGGGACUGCAGCCAUCGCUCCGAGCGCCGCUAACCUGGGAUUUAUUCGCAGCGACGGUUUCACAAAGCAGUGAAGAUAAAAGACAGGACGGGGGAGAAGAAUCUGAGGGAUAAAGAUAAAGGAAGAGGCGACUUACUGGGAAAAGAGGGGGGCUCAUGGGAAACCUCCUGAAAGUGCUGGCUUGCGCCGAACUUGAGCAUGGCCCAAUAGUUUUCCUUGACUUUGAACAUGCCCAGCCCACGGAGGCAGAGACAGCCGUGUGGAACCAGGUCAGCGCUGUGCUGGAGGAGGCUCAUGGGAUCCUCGCCGAGCUGCAGUCCUAUAAUGGCGCGGGCCAGGAGAUACGAGAAGCCAUCCAGAACCCGGGCGACCUCGCUCUUCAGGAGAAGGCCUGGAACGCAGUCUGCCCCCUGGUGGCCAAACUGAAGCGCUUCUACGAGUUUUCCCUCCGACUGGAGAAUGCUUUGCGCAGCCUGCUGGAGGCGCUGACCAGCCCGCCGUACGCUCCCAUGCAGCACCUGGAGAGAGAGCAGGCCCUGGCCAAACAGUUCGCUGAGAUCCUUCAUUUUACACUCAGCUUUGAUGAACUAAAGAUGACAAAUCCAGCCAUUCAGAAUGACUUCAGCUACUACAGGAGGACCAUAAGCAGGAACAGGCUGAACAACCAGCAGCUGGAAGCGGAGAACGAGGUUAACAACGAGAUGGCCAAUCGGAUGUCCCUGUUCUACGCUGAAGCAACACCAAUGCUGAAGACUCUGAGUAAUGCCACCACCAAGUUUGUUUCAGAGAAUAAGACCCUGCCCAUCGAGGACACCACAGACUGCCUGAGCACCAUGGCCUGUGUGUGCCGUGUCAUGCUGGAGACUCCGGAGUACCGCUGUCGGUUCACCAACACAGACACUAUGCUGUUCUGCAUGAGGGUGAUGGUGGGAGUCAUUAUUCUCUACGACCACGUUCACCCUGUCGGGGCUUUUGCCAAGACCUCCAAAAUCGACAUGAAGGGCUGCAUCAAGGUGCUGAAAGAACAGCCGUCCAACAGUGUGGAGGGGCUUCUGAACGCACUGAGGUAUACGACACGGCAUCUAAAUGAUGACAGCACCUCCAAACAAAUCAGGGCCCUCCUGCAAUGAGAGAGAGGAGGAGAGGGAGGAGAGGAGGAGGAGGAGGAGGAGGAAGAAAAAGAAAGUGGGAGGAGGAAACAAACGCCAGUGGCUGAUAAACCUGUUUGUUUACAACGAACAAAGAAAAAUCAUCUCCAGGUUAAGAACAACCUGCUGGUAAUAAGAAGAGGAAAAUAAUUAUAUAUAUUGUCAGCUGUCCAUCAUUCUGUCUCUCAUUUUGUAAAGUAAGAAAAGAGAAAAAAAAAAGCCAGAAAUGAAAAUAUAGAUAUAUAUUAAAACGAGUGAAACACAAGCAGCAGAUGAAAAAUAAGUAGGAUUAAAGAGGAAGCUAUAUUGCAAAAUUUAAGGUCAGAACUGAAAAUGUACAAAAAAAGAAAAAAGACAAACAAAAAAAAAACAAGGGUUCAUGUUCCAGCAGUAGUCUGACAAGUAUUUUUGCACACACUUUGAAAACAACGCCAUCUCCUUUCCCCUGAAAUCUGAUCCCAAACUGAUCCCUGUGCUCCCCUCACACACUCAGAUUAACCGGGUGGGUUUCUAAGCUCUCGAGGUGUUGCAGAUCUCCCUCAGCUGCACCGACCUCCACCUGCAGGUGAUUUAUGGAGCAAUGUGAUGGAUACUCUCCGGAGAUUUGCCUCUGCCUGCUUUCUUUUCUGCAUCGGUGUGGCUGAGGGAAAGGAGGCAAAGAUGUAAGGAAUCCAUAGUCUCCCUGAUUUCUCCUUUGUUAUCCAUCACCCUCAUGCCUAUUCCCAUCCACCCAUCCAACCAUCGGACAUGUGGUUUUUCCUUGGCACACACACAAAAAAAACUCCAUCCAUGCCGUGUGCCCUUACGCUGUGUUUGUUCCGGCACAAAACAUCCUGCGAGUGUCUGGCUUUACUUGAACAGUAUCGUUCACUCUCUCUCUCUCUUUCUUCAUGGUGCUAAUGUGGUUUAGAUAUCACAGUACUAGCUUGUUAGAAAUGAUUACAAAAAGGGUUCCUUCGUUGCUUUUUUGCACUAAUAAGUCUCACACUUGGGGGGGGGGGGGGGGAAUUUCACAUUAGUGCACAAACAGGAAUGAACGACCUGUAAGAUCCAAAAAAACAAAAGGCAUUCUAGAAAACCACAGCACACUUACUUCUUCACCCAGUGCCAAAGCUGAUUGGUUUUUGCUUUUAUUACAUCAUCAAGCCAGGCUCGAAAAAAAAGUAUGCUUGUAGUCUUGUGAAACAUCACUGAUCAUCAGUUA